AUGGAUGUGGAUGAGUUCGACGGUAGGAUAGAAGUUGGUAAGGUGUUUGGAAGCAAAGAGGAUUGUCAGAUUGCUUUAGCCAUAUAUGCGAUAAAGAAGCAGUUCAAGUUCACUCAGACACGAACAAAAAUAGAUUCUUUUGUUGUUGAGUGUCCUGAUAGCCGGUGUGAUUGGAGAGUAACGGCCCAUGAAGUUAGGGGAUGUAGUUACUAUGAGAUAAGGAAGGCACAGCUAGAUCAUAGCUGUCCAAUCGAGUUUAGGAAUGGGUACAAGAGUAAAGCGACCUCACGUGUGAUUGAUGCUGUUUACAAAGCGAAGUUUGGAGAUAUGGGUAAGCUUCCGGUAGCUAGGGAUUUGCAAAAACUUGUUUUGGAGGAUCUGCGGGUGAAUGCGUCAUACAUGAAGUGUUAUAGGGCAAAGGAGAAAGCAGUUUUGGGGUUGCGUGGUUCUGAUGAGGACUCUUACUUGAACCUACCCGAGUAUUUGUAUAUGUUGAAACUGGCUAAUCCAGGAACAAUCGCUGAUUUGGAAACUGACGUGGACGAAGAUGGGGACGAACGGUUUCUAUAUUUAUUUCUAGCAUUUGAGGCGUCGAUAAGUGGUUUUCGGAAGCUGCGACAUGUAUUGGUGGUAGAUGGCACACACCUUAGUGGGAAGUACAAAGGAGUGUUGUUAACCGCAAGUGGGCAGGUUGCUAAUUUCCAGAUCUUCCCCCUUGCAUUUGCGGUUGUGGACAGUGAGGAUGAGGAUGCAUGGACAUGGUUUUUGCAGAAACUAGAGAGAAUUCUUGGGGACUCACCUAGUUUAGCGAUAAUUUCUGACCGGGCGGUGUGCAUAUCUAAUGCGGUGAGCAAGAUUUAUCCUCAGGCGAAGCAUGGAGCUUGCAUUGUUCAUCUUGCUAGGAAUGUUAACUCUCGGUUUUCAAGCAAGAACCUAGCAAAGAUGAUUACAGCCGCAGGAAUGGCGCAUAGUCUAGGGGAAUUCAGAAAUUAUUAUGCUAAAAUAAGGGCGACUAACAGUGCUUAUGGGGUUUAUUUGGGUAAAAUUGGAGUUCAACGUUGGUCUAGAGCGAAUUUCCCAGGUGAGAGAUUUAACAUCAUGACUAGCAAUAUAGCUGAACAACUUAACAAGGCAUUGUUGGAGGGUAGGGGAGCUGCUAUAGUGGAGUUGGUAACAUUCAUUCAGAGAAUGAUGACCAGGUGGUUCAGUGCGAGAAGUAAGAAGGCAGAGAAACACAGAGGUUUGGUGAGCGUGGAAGUUGACAAACAGAUGACGAAAAACAUGGCCACUGUUAGAGGCAGCAAGAUAAAUGCAGUGAGUAGCUGGAGCAGCCAGAUAUUGGGAAAGUUUGGCAGAUCAGACAAGGUAAUGCUAGUUGAGAGGAAGUGUAGUUGUAAGUAUUUUGAUAAUAUCAAAAUACCUUGUGGGUAUGCUAUGCUUGCAGCUGAUGGUCUUGGUGUGUCUCACGAUACAUUGUGUGGACAUUGGUAUAAAACGAGCGUGUGGAGGGAGACAUACUCAGGUGUUAUCAGCCCCCAGGGUGAUCCAAGGGACGUUGAUAUACCUGAAGAAGUCAGCAGUAUGAUUUUGUAUCCUCCUAAUACGAAGAGACAACCAGGAAGGCGCAGGAAAACACGUAUACCAUCGACAGGGGAAAUACGGGAGGCUAAGAAGAAACUUGUGAGAACAAAUGUGGAAGGUGCAGGAUUGAAGGACAUAACCGAACAAACUGUGCAGUCCCCAUAUAAGGUCGUGCAUGGAGGUUAA